ACCAACCUUCUCCCUUUGAAAAAACCCUCUUUCAUACCCCCAACCUCGACGGUUCAUAAUGGAAGCGCCUCCAAGCUUCCCCGCUGAGGAAAAAGAGCAAGACUCUCCACCACCGCCAUAUCAACCCCGAUUCUCGCAUUUAAAACACCAGAUCUUCCGCACCCCCUCAAAACGCCGCCCACUGCAAAUGUACAACCCGCAGGACUUACCCACCGAAUCUCAAUUGGAAAUGCAUAUUAGCCUUGCGCGGAACCGUGUAUCCGAGAUUCUACGCAAAAUCUGGGUUUGGAACCCACUCACGAGGGAGAUAGCUGAUCCAUUCGUUAUGAAUAUGAACCUCUACAUUAACCAGGCCGAAGCGGUUAUGAGAAAAAUCACCAGUAAUGAGAUUGACCUGCUAGAGGGUAGGCGAAUGAUACUGAGCAAUCUGGUCAAACUCGAGGGAAUCGAAAAGCGCCUUGAUGAAGAGAUGGAGAAGGCGGGGGUCAAGAUGCCUGAGAGGCUUCCAUGGGAGCCAAAACAAUUAGGAGAAGAGGGAGGGGAGAGGUCAGAGAGCAAGAGCGGGGCUGCCGAGAGGUUGAAGAGGGCAUUCUUGUUCAAGGCUUCUGAGGCCAAGGGGAGGGUUAGCCGGGCUUUGGAUGUCGCGAAGGAGAGAAUUGUCUACGGACAGCCGUCCCUGAACGAGUAAAUGCUCCCCUACCUCGGUGGGUCAUAGUAUACUCAAGGGCGCUAAUCUGUGAAAUUUACAGAGGCUCUGCUAGGUCACGAAGCAGCUGGUCCAUGGGUUUGUGAUAUAUGAAUAGGCACUAGGCUUUCAGACUAUGUCCGAGGUGUGUCAAGCCUCCUCAGAGUUGGUGAAUCAAUGAGUUCGGGAUUGUGACUAACAUGGCGGGAUAGACCCAACUUUCACACAAGUACCCCUCAGGCUUAGCCAUCUCCCCACUAGUCUUAUCUCGGGGUGUUUCGAGAAUCGCCUUCCAAAACUGUCUACUGGAGUAACCUUUGGUGGGUAUUAUUCUUUAACACGAGCUCCAUACCUCCCAAGUUUUACAAUUCCAUACAUCUCGGAAGCAUUGUACGAUAACUGAAGUGGCUUCUGACCCAUCCUUGAAUAUUUCCAUUCUGACUUUGCCGCCAUAGUAUUAUCACGCUGGCUCGUCUGCUAUGGCUCAAAAAGAACGGUUUACGCACUGUGCCGAACUGUAUUCGUCAUAUAGGGGCGGUAGCCCAUUUUCCUCUUGCUACCGUAUGUGCUAGCAACUGUCACUGAGGUGGUUUUCUGGAGAUUGGAUGUAUUUUAGUUGAAAAUGGCGUGCGGUCAGGUAUCCACCAAGGGGGUGAAUAGCAAUUGAAAAAAAGAAAUGAAAAAAACUCGAUAAAUCAUGUAAGGUAACCGGAUACUUGAGAUGACAGGUCUGUGGCAACCUUCGGUAAAUGAUAACUAUCACUGCGCAUGCUGGGUGUAGCGUGAUUGGACCAAGCCUAACUACCCAUUCCCAGGAAGCCCAAAUCCAGUGCGCUAAUCACACCCACU